GCGAUAUAGUGGGUCUGUAUGACGAAGGCAGUCAGCUGGCCACGGGGAUCCUGACCCGGAUCACGCAGAGAUCGGUCACGGUGGCCUUUGAUGAGUCCCAUGACUUCCAGCUGAGCUUGGACCGGGAGCAGUCCUACAGACUGUUAAAGCUGGCCAAUGAUGUCACUUACAAGCGACUGAAAAAGGCUCUGGUCACCCUGAAGAAGUACCAUUCCGGCCCUGCGUCCUCGCUCAUAGAGGUCCUCUUUGGUGGGUCAGCCCCCAGUCCUGCCAGUGAGAUACAGCCACCGCUGUUCUGUAACGCUUCCCUGGAUGCCUCCCAGAAGGAAGCGGUCUCCUUCGCGCUGUCCCAGAAAGAGCUGGCCAUCAUCCAUGGGCCUCCUGGCACCGGGAAGACCACCACCGUGGUCGAGAUCAUUCUUCAGGCUGUGAGGCAGGGCUUAAAGGUUCUGUGCUGUGCUCCCUCUAACAUUGCCGUGGACAACCUGGUAGAGCGUCUGGCUCGGUGUAAGCAGAGGAUCCUGCGCCUCGGGCACCCUGCCCGCCUGCUGGAGUCUAUUCAGCAGCAUUCCCUGGACGCGGUGUUAGCACGGAGUGACAACGCCCAGAUCGUCGCAGACAUCAGAAAGGACAUCGAUCAGGCCUUCGUAUGUACCCCCUGCCAGCGAGCGCUCUGCGUGGUUUCUGAUCUGCAGUCUUUCCUUGCGUCACUUCUGUCUGUGCUCCUCUCGCUUUUCUUUGGUCUCCGUCAGUUCUAAGAAUUUCAAACAUCA